GAUUAAAAUAAAGGUUGGGGGACUCAGAUGAAGAGUAGCACGCGCCAUUGUUGGUAGUGGGAUUAAAUUUUGCGUGUUUCUUUCUUUCUGUCUGUCAUCCUUUACCUCGCAGUUCGGGAACUGCUGCCACUUUCACUCUUUGGAUUCUUUCCUUCUCUAACCACAAAGCUAUUUGUCCGAUUUGGAUCACACACAGAUACAACCGUUUACAAACACCUUCACAUUUCACUUUUCUCUUCCCUCCCAAGAUUCAAUUUUCCCUUCAAAACGACCAACAUCCCACUUCUGAAGUGAACCAGUUAGGUGAGUUCAUUUCAACAUUUUGUGUGCCAAAACACAAAGAAAAAAAGGAAAGAUUUGUUGCCACAUCACUAUUUUGUAUCUAGAUGUAUGUAUGUACUUCACUUCUUUGUAUGUGUCCCAAGUUUGAGUGCAGAACAAAACAUUGAAGUGUUUAAGGCGUCAAGAUGUGACUAUGAUUGUGUUGGGUGAGGAUUGAGGAACAUGGUUUCAUGGGUGUGUGUUUGUGUUUGUCUUUGUGAUCUGUGAGAUGAGAUUGAGGUGUCAGAAAGCAUGUAUCCUAGGUUGUUGUUUUAUGACCACACCCAUUUGAAGAUGGCAUGGGUUAAGCAUCAAAUCCAGCAAAAAGACGGUUACUUGGGCUACUCACCACCUCUUUUGUCUUCACCAUACCCUCCUGGUCCUUCUUUCCACAAGGAAUCAUCAUUGCCUUCUUCAACACCGCCUUCAUCAUCUGGCACAAGAAUUAGUCCUGCUGUUCUUUUCAUCAUAGUGGUUCUUGCUGUUUUGUUUUUCAUCUCUGGCCUCCUCCACCUGCUUGUUAGAUUUCUCAUGAAGCACCCUUCUUCUUCUGCAUCUGCUCAAUCCACCAGGCAACAAGAGAUUUCCACAUCUGAUGCUCUCCAGAGGCAGCUUCAGCAGCUCUUCCACCUGCAUGACUCUGGCUUGGAUCAAGCCUUCAUUGAUGCUCUUCCUGUUUUUCAGUACAAGGAGAUUGUGGGGUUGAAGGAGCCUUUUGACUGUGCUGUUUGCUUGUGUGAGUUUUCUGAGAAGGAUAAGCUCAGGUUGUUGCCUAUGUGCAGCCAUGCUUUCCACAUAAGUUGUAUAGACACAUGGCUUUUGUCAAACUCCACAUGCCCUCUUUGUAGAGGAACACUUCUCACACAAGGGUUUUCCAUUGAGAAUCCAAUAUUUGAUUUUGAUGAUCUGAGGGAGGAUGAAGGAUGCCCUUGUAGUGUAGACAGUGGAUUCACUACUAGGCAGAAAACUGUUGUGGCUGAAGAAACUGUGGAGAAAGGUGUUUUCCCUGUGAGGCUUGGGAAGUUCAAGAAGCUGAAUGUGGAGAGUGGGGAGAGGGAAGUGGGAGAGACUAGUAGUAGCAAUUUGGAUGCAAGAAGGUGUUAUUCAAUGGGGUCUUACCAAUAUGUGGUUGGCAAUUCAGACCUAAGGGUGGCCUUGAACCAUGAAAGUAAGGGUCAAUUCACAAGAAGGCUCACCAAAGGAAUGAUGGAACAUGGUGAUGAUGGGAAGCUUUCAGUGGAGGGGGAUGUGGAAGCAAAGAAGAUUAGUAGUGUCAGUAAAGGUGACAGCUUUUCUGUGUCCAAAAUCUGGCUGUGGCCAAAGAGGGGGAAAUUACCUGGUUCUUCUUUGGAUGCUCAAUUGGGCAUGCCAGUGCCAUCUUAUACAGAUUUUCAAGGGAUGAGGGAAACACAAGGGGCAUGAAACUCUCAAAGGUAUCCACAUGUUUUCACUUUUUUUUCUUCUUGUUUCACUUGAAUUUGUUUCAAUCAAUUGAUUAAAGCAAGCUUCCCCCCUUGCCUUAGAAUUGAACAAAAAUUUUGGUGUGCUAAUUUUGACAUUGUAACUGAUUGUGCCAUACUGUUGAUGUAUUAUGAUUGUACUUUAAGAAGAUAUAAGAAAUACAUCUCUUUCUUUUGUCAAACAGAGAUCAGCAGGAGUCCUUGGUUUGAUGAAAUUAGAUUUGUGAUAGUAAAUAAAUGUUGAUCUGAGGUUAUUUGGUUAUGCCAAGUGCAAACCAUUAGGCCUAACAAUAACAAUAUAUCCUUGCUAGAUUUAUUAACUCCAUAGUUCAAUGACAAUUUUGUUUCAUCUAAUUUCUGAUAAUGAUAAUAAUAAUUAUUACAAAUGACAGAUAUACAGUAAUUGAUUAUUGAAUUGGUUGUGGAGUCUAGCCUGUUCCAAAGCCAGACUUGUCUCUAUCUGUGUCAUUGUUCUCUUCCCAUCAGUGUGUCUACUUGAUCAUGACGAGUGGCAAGUGCACUUGCUUUCUUUGCUUUUUAAGGCUUUUGGUUUUGUCUAAACUCUUUUUCUUUAUUAUUAUCGGCAUUGCACUUACUUUGUGAAUGCAAAACUUUUCUUUUCUUUUCUUUUCUUUUUUUCUUCUAAUAUCUUUUUGGCUGGGCAGUUGAGUACUGUAGUGGGAUCCAUGAAAGCUGGCGUCAUAGAAUCUUUUUACCUUGUGAUGAGUUUUUAUUCAAAAAUUGGUUGUGGUUGAACCGUGUGGGGCCAUUUUUCACCUCCCAUGUGUCCAUUUUUAAAUUAAAGACAGAUUUAUAUUAUAUCAAUCAUAAUCACAAACAAUUAGUUUAGGAAGAGAAUGAUAUUGGAUUUGCAAGUGUGCUCUAGGAUAUACUAUUAUUAGUCUCAGAUUUUUACACUAGUUUGCUUCUUUGGAAAAAAAAAAAAAAAGUAGAAAGAAAAGAUAAAAUUAGAGAAUUUAAGUAGAAAGAAAGUAGUGAGAAAAUGAAUAAAUUUUUGUACUGUUUGAUGUAAGAGAAAUAAUAAUAAUUAAAAAAAAAGUAAAGUUAUAUCUCUUGUUUGAUUAGAUAUAAGGU